CUGCCGGAAGAAGGAACAGACCCAUUCCGCAAGAGAACUCGGCUACAGAACUGCAAAGUCCAUGGGAAGUGGAGCCACCCUAAGGCACAGCAUGAGUUCAGGUCUGAUUGAGAACUACGUGGCAGCCAUGGUGCUGAGCGCAGUUGGUGAUACCCUGGGCUAUUACAAUAGAAAAUGGGAGUUCCUGCAGAAUGGCCAGGAGAUUCACAGGCAGCUUGCACAAAUGGGGGGGUUGGGAAACAUCUGUAUAGCAGGCUGGAAAGUCAGCGAUGACACAGUGAUGCACUUGGCUACAGCUGAAGCUCUGGUAGCUGCUGGGAAACAACCAAGUUUUCCAGAGCUCUAUUCCCUUAUAGCAAAGCACUACAAGGACUGUAUGGAUGACAUGGAUGGCAGAGCUCCAGGUACUACCUGCGUUCAAAACACACUGGGCCUGCAGCCAGACCAACCAGAUGGCUGGAGGAUUCCAUUUAACAAGAAUGAGGGAGGAUGCGGGGCUGCCAUGCGGUCCAUGUGCAUUGGGCUGAGGUUUUGUCAUCCUGAGCAGUUGGAUAGCUUGAUUCAAGUCAGCAUCGAGAGCGGUCGAAUGACCCAUCAUCAUCCAACUGGCUAUCUGGGAUCCCUGGCUUCUGCUCUCUUUACCGCCUAUGCUGUGAAUCGCAAGCCCCCUCACGAAUGGGGGAAGGGACUGAUGGAAGUGCUGCCGCAGGCUAAAGUCUACAUCCAGAAGUCUGGCUACUUUGUGAAGGAGAACCUGAAGCACUGGUCCUACUUUGAAGAACAGUGGAAAAGAUACCUGGAGUCCAGGGGAAUUUCAGAUGGAGUGUCUGUUCCUACCUUCCCCCCCAUAUAUGGCGUGAAGGAGCGAGAUGAAUUCUAUGUCUCCCUGAGCUACUCUGGCUGGGGCGGCAGCAGUGGGCAUGAUGCCCCAAUGAUUGCCUACGAUGCCAUACUUGGCGCUGGAAACUCCUGGACGGAGCUCGCUCACCGGGCUUUUUUCCAUGGUGGGGACUCCGAUUCUACAGCAGCCAUUGCCGCGUGCUGGUGGGGGGCCAUGUAUGGCUUCAAAGGAGUCAAUGUAUCCCUCUAUAGAGAACUGGAAUACAGAGAGAGGCUGGAGAAAAUAGCUAAAGCCCUGUAUGAGGUCAGCCAGCCAGAGGGCUAGUCCAAGCAGAGAGGUGGUUCUAGAGUUCCCAAGACAAAACUAAACUUUACAAGGUCCCUGUAUAGCUUGCGGGGCAAGGGGAGGGUUAGAUUGAUCUUGGACUACACUUUAAGACCCAUCUACCUGCAGCUCCUGAUCCACCCAGGCAACGCUUGUGCUUCAGCAGUCUGUCUAGCCAAUGCCUAGUAUUAGAAUAACGGGAUUAAGGAUGAAAGUGUGAGGGGGAAAUCUGGCAUAGCAGCUGUGUUCACUUUUUUUUUUUUGUCACUGCUAGCAGAAAUGCAAUCUCAGAAGCACCAAAGAGCAAUGCAUGGUCAGCCAGGUUUGGAUUUUGUCAGUAAUGGUAAAAGAAUUUGGUACUGGGUUGAGUUUGAGUGAAAUUUUAUAUUCCUCCACAGAACAGAACCAGCACAGAGUGCUAGUGCCAGCCUUCCCUUCUCUCACAUCCCAGUGCACUCACCCCAGACACGUAGUGAGCACCUCGACAGCUAAGAGGGGAAUACAGUCUUUAGGGCUCAUUCAACCCUUGGUCCUAAGGAACCAAUUAGUGCGAAGCACGAGGGUGGAUUUUCACAUCUUUAGUGUGGGGAAAUGCAUUUUUCUGCUUUAAGAAUGGUCAUUUGGCAUUUGUUUAAAACCUAAUUUCACAGCGUCUCUAACCAAUUGCAGAAUUUCAAGACCUUUUGUUAUGAUUAAAUAAAAACGUCAUUAUCUCUUGCCUACUGCCAUUAAGGGGGAAGUUAAAUCCACAUUCAGUCUUACCAUUCACUUAGGGUAAUUCUAACAUUAGGGACAGAAUUUGCACCUUACUUCAUCAAACUGGAUCUCAUUAUGAAGAAUUAGAAAUAGGAAAUGCCGCUUGCUACCAUAUCCCAAUUAAGAGUCGAGACCUUUAGAGCUGUUGAAAGAUGUUCUUUUCUCGAAAUUUUAUGUAACUGCUGCUAACAUCUUUGAAAGUUUCUUGCUUUUCUGUGCAAACAACUGAAUUCUGUGUGUCUUACUCCCAAGAUGGCAGCUUUCAAGCUGAUCAUCAUUUAUCCUAUUUAAGAUCCUUUACAAAAGAAUAAAAUUACUACAAAAUGUAAUCUGAUAAUGCAGAACAAUUCUGCUCUAUGUGAAACAGUCUAGAUUUGCAAAUGAAUAGAAGAUAGCUGCUGCUUCACCGCGUCAGAGGUUCGCCAUUGUGCCUUUUGAUGAAUUUGCAGCAGAUAUCAAGGAAAUGCUGGAAGCGUAUGAACGAGUUUCCAAAGGAGAGGGAAAAGAGACUUGCAGUUCUGUACCUCUGGUUUUUAAGUGCUCUGUCUAUAAUUAAAUAAAAGCAAAUAUUUGGCAAAUGGAAGAUA